CGGCAUCGCGCCUGAUUGUUCUACUACCCCGCCGCGCCUUGGCAUUGCGCCUGAAUCCUGAUUCGAUUUUCUGCUACCCCGUCGCGCCACCGCAUCUCGCCAUGGUGUCCUCCUGCAUCGUCCGCCGCAAGCGCUCCCGGUCGCCGACACACUGUUUCGACUCCGGGAGCCGCACGCGCCCACGCCCCUCGCCGUCCUCCCCCGACGUCGGCCGCAAGCGUUCCCGGUCGCCGCCGCACUGUUCUGACCGCGAGGGCCGCAAGUGCACGCGCCCCUCAGCGUCCCCCUACGGCGGCCCCAACCGCUCCCUGUCUACAUCGUGCGGUUUCGACUCCGCGCGGUUUGAGCGCGCGCGCCUGACGACGGGAGAUGGCAAAGUCGCGGCGGUGGCAUCGCUCUCCGACGAUAUGCUCCUGGAGGUCUUCAAGCGGCUGCCGCCCCCGCGCGACGUCAUCCGCUGCGCCGCGGUGUGCCGCCGCUGGCGCCGCGUCAUCUCCGGCGCUGGAGCGGCAUGUCUUCCCAGGCCGCCUAGCCAUUUCGGUUUCUUCCGCAACUACGGUCCAUCGCCGCUGCCCCCGUUCGUGCGCACCGCGGGCCUCUCCCUUGACAUCAGUUUCCUCCCGGUGCCGCCCGCGUGCGGCGCGGUCCUCGUCGACUCCCGCAACGGCCGACUACUCUUGCGGGAACUCGGCCCUGGCUACCCUCGCGAACUCAGGCUCCUCGUCUGCAGCCCGCUGGAGAAGGCGUACGUUCGGGUGCCGCCUCUGUGCAUAGCGGAGCACAUGGUGGCGUGUAGCGUGCUCGUCCCGGGGGAAGGCGAUGCAUUCCGCGUGGUGGUUGUCCUCUUCGGCAACGACCCGAAACACUUCAGUGUUCUCGUCUACUUUUCGAUAUCUUCCGCUUGGGAGUCUGCCACUGGGCCGGUUCAUCGGAAUCUGGUCCCUCGUCAAGGCCCAUCAGUCGUCGUCGGAGAUGUCAUGUACAAGCUGCAGAGCGAAGAGAAGUACAUCAUGGUUGUCGACGCGGUCCAGAUGACUCUGUCGGCGGUGCCCCUUCCUGAUGCCAGAACGCUCCUCUACGCUGGUAACCACUGGAUUGGCAGGACACCGGACGGCCGGCUUUGUUUCUUCGUGAUCAGGGAGCAGCUUACUCUCGCCACCUGGGUUCUCCAAGCACCUGGGAAGUGGGUGGAGCAGCAACCCGUGGACCUGCGCACGCUGAUGCACCCGGCGUUUAUGGGUGAUCUCGCCCACAUGAAGCUCUCGGCGAAGAUGUCGGACCAGCUCCGUGGCUUCAAACUUGUGAGCUUCGCAGCGUUCUGUGAGGGUACAUGCACGCUGUUCUUUGUCAUGGCAGAUUGGGUUGUGAUGCUCGACCCUAGGACGAGGAGACUGCUGAGGCUGUGGCGCAACAGUGAUGAGUCGCGGCCAUUGGGUGAUGUAUACCCGUGUGAGAUGCUGCAGUGGCCGCCAGUGCUUAAGAACUUUGGCGGGUCUGAAUCAGAUGAGGCGGGUAUUUAAAAUACGACUUGGCGGCGUAGUGUUUGUGGUGAUUUGACUAGAAAAGUUGUGUGCCACGCUAUAUGGCCGCUUAUUGUCAUGAAUCCAUGUAUGUGAACUGAAUUCAAUUGGGAAAACACGGAUUUGAAUGAAUUCCAAUUCAAUGUAUUUUUCCAUAUAGUUUUCUUGUUCGGACAGUUUUUUCAUUUGUUUAUUGUAAAUCUUUGAAGAUGGCACACUAUUAUAGCCCUAUUUAGCUUUGUUGUCCAAAUUUAGGAAUAAUAUCUCCAAUAUUUCAAAUUUC